AUGCACGUACACCAAACAACCAGAGAUUCGGGUAGGCUCCUCUACGUCAAUGGGGCAUCUGCCGCGAAAAGACAAACGGGCGAAAUAGAGUCUCUACCAUUAUUACAUAACGUAAACAAAUUUAAAAUCAAUUUAACAGAUAAGGACCGACCUCAAAGAGAAAAGGUGAAGAACGACAGGCCUUUCGCCUCAAGAGAAUGCAAGUGGGAUAUGCUCUUUGGCCUUGACGGCAUAGUUAGGGUUGGAGUUGGUUUCAGAAUUAUUUAGCAAUUUCCUAUCCAAUGGUGUCGAACUAGCAUCUUCAAACAUCGUAUUCCCCAGUGAGCAUCUUUGGCUCUCUUCCCUAACCUUGAUUUCCAGAGAAAAUAGGUGGCCAGUCGAUGGCGACAAGAUCGGUUUAGAGGAGGAAUACUUGACAACCGAGCUAGGGGCAAUUAUUGAUAGAGAGAACUGUUGGCAAGCAAAGCUGUAUUAUCUAUAUGCAAUCAAAAGCUUUGACUGAUUACUGACUAGACCUGACCAUGACAAAGGAUACAGGAGAAUUACAGAUAAUUAGCAACGUACAUUAACUGGUACGCAUUAACCCAGAUCCAACUAAUAGACGCUAUUUAAGUAGCGGAUUUACCUAUGAUGAACGGUGGGCGAUUGCGGAAGAUCUCGAGCGAAGGUUUAAAUAUAGAUUUGGAGGCAUCUAA